AUGGUAACAGGUAUAGAGGCUGCCGGCAUCGCUCUUGCCAUUCUGCCCUUGAUAGUCAAUCAGGCAGACAACUAUGUGCAGGGGUUCGAAACGCUCAAAACCUUUCGAAGUCGAAAGUAUCGACAGCACAUGGAAAGCUAUUACAACAGCCUUUCCACUCAGCGAACCAUUCUCGAGAAUGUUCUGGAGCGGUGCUUCCAGGGUGUAGUUGAGUACGAAGAAGAUAUAUCCGAGUUGAUCAAUAAUCCUUCAGGACCCUUGUGGCACGAUCCAACCUUUCAAAAUAUGCUCUGCAAGAAACUCGGUCGAAACUUCGAUAACUUUAUACGAACAGUGACAGAACUAGCAGGGCUGCUGGAAGAGUUUUCCGCGAAGUUAGGGUUAUUGACUCAAGACUCAAUGAAAACGCCCGAGAUACUAUGGAAUAAUUCCCCUGUGGCAGAGCGAGAGAUCAAGAAGAUCAAAGAUAUACUCUCCAAAUCGAUCUACACCGACUAUAUAGACAAGAUUAAAAAUGCCAAUGCAACUCUUCAAACACUUGUGGAACAGUCAGAAUACCGAGAGACCAUUCGGAGAAAGGAACGAUUACCAAAAAGACAGCUACUGAGUAUCAAAACUGCACGGGGAAUUGCGUACAGUUUAUACGGCAUAAUUACUCGUGGGGAAUUCUGGAAUUGUCAUUGCCGAGAUCAACAUCGCGCCCAAAUUCAACUGGGCGUAUUCAGAAGCGAUGAUACUACUGAAGCAUCCGGGAUACCGAAGUUCCGGAUGAUGCUUACUUCAAAGGCUUUGUUUGAGCCCGCAACCUCAUGGCAUUGGCAAGAGGUUGAGACCGAAUCCUCAACGACCGAUACACAAACGUCAGAAGCUAGAUCGGCUUCAAAGAAGGGCAAACUCCCUGUGGUGCGGGAGAUUAAGGUCAAGUUUGCUCUGGCGACACUGCCUCUACAGAGCGUUCCAUGGCCCAAAGUUGAGAGCAUCCACUUGGGACUACCAAUCAAGAAUUUAUGCACCACCCUCUGUGAUAUUAAAGCCAAUAAUCGCAUUUGCGAAGAACGAAAACUGAUUGGUUUCUUAUCUGACCAGAGCCAUCGGCACACCAUUUAUGCCAUUGGGGAUUCUACUAUAAAUCUCCAGUUACAGUCACUCGAAGCCUUGCUCAUGUCUUCAUCAAGCCCAAGGGAUAUACAGGAUUCAUCUAAGAUAGUUCUCAGACGACGCGAUCGUUUGCGGUUAGCCGCCAGUCUCUCCAGCGGUAUCCUCCAGUUCCAUGGUAGUUGGCUGAAGGCACAAUGGCGGACGAAGGACAUUAUGCUCAGGAGAAGAAGCGAAUCCCAAAACAAGUCUCUUGAUUCCAUAUAUCUAGUGCAGCAGACACCACCAGAAAAUGCCAAUCAGGUCGGUACGCCAACGGCACAACAAAACAGCCCUCCAACACAUCUUAUCCGAAAUGAAAUCCUCUUCCCCCUAGUCCUGGCGCUUGUCGAGUUAUCCCUAGGUCAGACUAUCGCCUCAUUGCGUAAACCUGAGGAUGGUGACCCUGUAGAGGCGGUAGCAAAUCUCAAAACUGCCCAUCGUCUUCUUCCAGAUGUCCUUAACGAGAGUGGGAUAGGGUAUCAGGAGGUCGUUGACAAGUGUCUGGUUUGGCCUGGUAGGAAAGACGUCAAAUUUGAUGACGAAGAAUUUCAGAGGACAGUGUUCCAAUCGAUAAUCACUCCAUUGGUAGAAGACUUGAAACAUUUUGAAGGAGAGUAG